AUGGAAGCAAAAAAGCGCCGGAAGUUAGAUGUUUCAAAAUCGUUUGACAAAAGCGAUGUGCAAGAAAAUGUAAUUGAUGGUAAUUGCAAAUACUGCGGUGAAGAACUAGGGACAAAAACAUUUAACGUCAACAGGCACUUUGAGCGGAAACACAAAGAAAUUCACGUUAAGUUUAUCGAUGAAAAGUCUUCGAAACAGCCUACAAUUUUUGCCUCGUUUACACAAAAGUCAGCAUCAGAAGUUGCCAUGAAAAGGCUUGUUUAUUAUGCCGGUUCCACAAGCUUUCCAUUAAAUCACCUGCGAAACCCACAUUUUAAGGUAUGGUUUUAAAAAAUUGAAUGUUUAUGUUUUUUUAGAGCUUAUUGUCACUAAUUCCUGGAUUUAAAAUACCUCAUCCGCAGGCAUUAAAGAACAGUAUGGAAGAGGAAAUCAAGAAGUUCGAAAAAACAAUAAAACAUAUUAUUGGUGACCGGCAUUACGCUAUUUCGUGUGAUAUAGCAACAGCAAUUGCAAACUCACAUGCAGCUAUGGGCAUACUAGUGCAUUUUAUCGAUGAAAAACGGAAAGCGCUUAGAGUGGCAGCUCUAGAUGUUGUCCAGUUUUCCGAAAAGCAUACAGCAGAUAAUAUACGGAACUGCAUUUUCAAUUCUGUCACUAAUUAUGGAUUGAGUCCGAGUAGAGUGAUUCGUGUGGUCUCAGAUGGUGCAGCUUCCAUGCGCGCGGCUUUUAGGUAUGUUUUAAAAAUUUUUGUUGUCAAUAAGUUAUUUUAUCUCAAGUUUUAUUUUUGUUUUAUAAGCUAAAACUAUUAAAUUACUAAACAAAAAUUUUUUCAGAGAAAGGUUUGAAGACGAAGAUUCAUAUACGGAAGAUGAGCAAGAAGAAGUUUCAUUGGAAUUCACUGAACGAUUGGCUGAAGAUAUUGACAUUGUUACUUCAGAAAAAGAUGAUGAAUACCUCACGAAUGGAUUUAAUUCAUUUAAUAUAUGGUGUGGAGCCCAUCGAUUAAAUCUGGUUAUAAAAGACGUGAUGAAGGACAAAACAUUUGAAGCAGUGAGAAUGGUAAUAUAAUGUUAUUUUUUUAAAUACGACUUUUAGAGGGUAUUCAAGAUUGUCAACAAAUUUGCCCGUUCACCGGCUGCACUCCAAAAACUGAAGCAAACGGCUGGAAAAACAAUUAUUUUUCCCGUGGUGACACGGUGGUUAUCUGUGAUAACAUCUAUGGAGCGAAUAGUUGAGAUUUACGGUUGCAUCAAUGAAGUUGCUGAAUCAGAAGGCUACGGUAAACUGACAGAAAAAGACGUAAAGUUAAUGAAAGAAUUUAACGAACUUUUAAAUCCUAUCAAGGAGCUUCUACUUCAACUCCAAUCAAAGCCAAAUGGAAUGCCAAGGCAGUCAGGUUUAACAAUAUCUGUCCUUGCUGUUGCUAUUCCAGCUUUGGUUGAAAAAUACAAGGUAAAAUGACAAUUUUUACAAUAUUAUAAACAUAUCUUAACUUUUAGAGAGAAACAGUACACAAAUCAUUGGCAAAGAAGGUUGUAUUCGUGAUUCAGAAACGUUUUGUAGACAUACUAAUGAAAAACGACCCGGUAUACACCGUUGGAAUAAUGGGAGAUAUACGAGGAUUUCAACAAAUUGCAGCCAGAAGAGACCAGACUUUGUCUUCAUUAAAGUUACUUGUAAGUUUUUGAAUAAGUCUAUAUUUUCUUUAGGCUCAACAAAUCAAUUUGCUAGACAUUGAUGACAUCCCUCAAAGACCAUCGUCACAGAUGGCACAAGCAAAAGGAUUCGGUUUGUCGUUUCUUCAUGUUGAAGAUUCCCCUGACGUCGCAAACGCAAGAGGAGAGCUGUCGUUAGAAACGGAACUAGACGAUUUCCUUAUCGAAGUUGCCAAAGGGUCAUACUCAAACUGGGACAACUCAAUUGCAUAUUGGAUCGAUAACGAAAAGGUAUGGCUAUUAUAUGAAAAGUAAUCUCAGUUAUGUUUAGAAAUGGCCUAGACUCACGGCAAUAUGUUUGGCAGCAUUAACAGUACCCGCGGCUUCGGCAAAUUUAGAGCAAUUCUUUAGCCGUCUUCAAGCUGUAACCGCCUCAAAGCUCUGCAACUCUCAGCAUGCCUUAAUCAGACAAAAAAUGUUAAUGUCUUUUAAUUCCCCAUACUCUGAAUAAGUUACAUGUACUUUUUUAUUGUUUUAAUAGUUAAAAAUUGUUGUUGUAUUAAAUUUAGAAAAGAUAAAGCUUAUUUUUGGUUGUUUUUGCGUUUUUUUUAUAUAAAAAUACGAUUUUUAUUGAUUUUGUGCCCUCGGAGCCAAAGCCGGAGCCGGAGCUUGCGAAAAUGUCGGCUCCGGAGCCCGGAGCCGGAGCUAAAAUUUGAAAAUGGCCGGAGCCGGAGCUGGAGCCGGAGCUAGGAUUUCUAAAUUUGGGAACUCUGGUUAUAGCCAAUGUUUAGGUAAUUUCCAGCUUAAAAACCAAAUUUUUUGGCCAGAUGACACUAUUUUUCAAAUCUGUGCUUACUAAUUGAUUGUCCAUGAAUUUAUGACAAGACGCGUUAUAUUAUGACAACACUUUCUAUAUAUAACAAGGAUGUGCCGCCAAUUUACCGAAAAAUAAUCAAAACGCCUACGGCAUGCAAUUGACAGGUCCCACUUGAAAGGGGUCGUAUUUAAAAUUGUCUAUUCGAAUAUUUUUCCGAUUUGCGGGUUAUGGCGGGGGUACGGUAACUGUUUAGGCGUUAAUAGUAUUUUUUGGAUUUUUUUCGAAUUUAAUUUUUUUAAAAUUUGAAUUUUUUUGAUAUUUUAAUAAUCUUAUGACAUUGUGAAUAGCCCUAACUCAUUUUAAGCUUUGUUUGAUUUCAAAAUGUCAUUUUUGUUUUAAUAUUGCUUUCAGUCUGAUGGUAUACUCAUUCGGGAGUGUCUUGAACAACGUUAAUACUUAUUGUCAAGACAAAACCAGCCGGCUCAAACAGUCAUUUUCACCUAAUCGUAAGUGUAACAAACAUUUUAUCGUCAACACAAGUAGUACCCUACCCUACUUUGCCCUACCUUACCAUACCCUUCCCUAUCAUACCCUACAUUUUUUGCCUUACUCUACUUUGCCUUACCCUUUUACAGAGAAUGCUUUACCUACAGUAGUCUAAACAACAGACAGUUCACUAUAUAAGCCAACCUGUUAUUCCUUUGGUAGGGAAGGCAGAAUGGAAUAGUAGGGUAGAGUAGGGUAGUGUAGUGUAGGGUAGGGUAGGGUAGGGUAGGGUAGGGUAGGGUAGGGUAGGGUAGGGUAGAGUAAGGUAGGGUAGGAUAGAAUAGGGUACGGUACAGUGCGGAAGGGUACGCUAGGGAGGGCAAAAAAACACUUAAAAUCUAACAAAAAUGGUAUUUUAGGUGCCCAAUCCCCAUCGAAUCAAACAUCCGACUUGGAGCCCUCACCAACCUCAACUUCAUCAAUGAACGGUAUUCCGCCCAACCCUCGUUCUCAACAAAACCCAACAAUAAACGCCCCUCAAUUCCCUCCAGCACCACUCAUAGCCCCACCACCACCACCCCGCCCAUCACCAGUCCCACCGUUGAAGAUUCAAACUGAACGGCCCGAGUCUAUUGAUACCAAGAAGUCGUACAACUUCUUUGAUGACUUGAACAAUGAGCCUGAUAUGCAACGCUUGACCGACCAGUUGAAUAAGUUGAGGCCUGCUGAAGAGCCGUUGAGACGGACUUCGGCUCCUGGUGCUAUGCCGAGUGCUGGGAAUGUUGGAGGUGGAAGUACUAAUGGUGCUAUGCCUACUGGGACGGGAAACAGACGAUAUUCGGAAGAGUACAGGGACAGAAAUUACCGUAAGAAGAUUUAUUUUUAACCAUUGACCUUUUUAUUAGCCUAUGGCUAGUAUACUAUGGCUAGGCUUAGACGCUUUGGCCUUGUACUUUAGGCAUUUGUCCUAGCUUUAGGUUGGGCUAGGACAAAUUUUUAGGCCAAGAUUGGGAGAAAGGGCUAGGGCUAACGUAUUAAAAAUGGCAUUCUACUUUAUACAUAUUUUACGGCUAGGGUUAAGGCUAGGGCUCUGAGCUAAGGCUUUCGACGGAGGCCGGAGCUAAGUCUGGGGUUAAAAUUAGGGUUCUGGACUAAUUCUAGGGCUUGAGUUAAGGCUCGAAUUUGGACAAGGACUAAGAGUAGAUUUAGAGCUACGGCUAGGGCUAGUAUUAAAGCUAGAGUUAGGACUAAGACUAAGGCUAGGGCUAAGACUGGGUCUCCGAGUUAGAGUUAGGAUUAAGAUAGGGCUAAUACUAGGGCUAGAACUAAGGUUAGAGCUAGGGCUUUGGGCUAAGACUUGCGCUGUGGGCUAGGACUAGGGCUAGGGCUAAGGGCUCUAGUAAUCAUAAAACCUAUACAAUUUCAGACAAUGCGGUAACUCCAGCGCAAUUCCGAAAAAUAGGUAAAGAGAUGAUUGACUUUAUUGCCAAUUACAUGGAAAAUGUCCAUAACCGUCGUGUAGUCCCAUCUAUCGAACCCGGCUAUCUUCGUGAGCUCCUACCCGAGACCCCACCUUCACAACCAGAGACUUAUGACAAAGUGAUGCAAGACUUUGAAGCCUACAUCAUGCCAGGUGUUACCCACUGGCAACAUCCCAGAUUCCACGCCUAUUUCCCGGCUGCCAAUUCUUAUCCAGCCUUGUUGGCUACAAUGUUAUCUGAUGCGUUGGGCUGUGUCGGCUUUUCAUGGGCUGCUUGUCCGGCUAUGACUGAGUUAGAGACGAUUAUGUUGCAAUGGUUUGGAGAGAUGAUUGGACUGCCAAAGGAGUUCUUGCCUUUCACUGAGAAUGGCAAAGGUGGUGGGGUUAUUCAGGGUAAGGAAGAAGGCUGUAUUUGGGAAAGAUCGUAUACUUUUAAGCACUUGUGUUACAAGGAAAUAAAAAAAUUUAGGGGAUGGGCGCGUAAAAAAUUUUUAGGGUGUGGGCGGGGUAAAAAAAUUUUUUUGGGGACAGAAAAAAUUUUGGGGGAAAAAAUCAAAAAAAGUUUUAGGGAAUAGGCAAUAUAAGAACUAUAAAAGUGUGGGCGGGGUAAAAAUUUAAUUGUGGGGGGGGUCAAAAAAAUCCAAAAAGAAUUUUUGUAUUAGGUGCGGACAUAAACAACCCGUCAUACUUUUCCUGUAAUUUCCUGUAUAAAAUGGCGGGUUCUUUAUGUCGGCACCUUAUUUUAGGUAGCUAGCAAGUAAAGUACUCGACCUGCCCCAUCCUGAUUGACUUUAAACUGUUUAUAUAUAAAGAUAAUGUAUUAUAGAGAAAAAUAAGACCUUCAGCCAUGUACUAAAUGGCGCUUUUCAGCAAAUUCCAAGAAAACCAAGAUCAAAAUAUUACGUUUUAAAUUUUCCGCCGAUUUGGCAUUUUGUUUCAAGCUUAUAACUUUGUCUUGUUUUGACUUGUAAUUAUUUUUUUUUGAUAUAAUAGUAGAAAACCUUUAAAUGAAUUGAUAGUUUCAAAUUUACGCAUGCACAUUUUCAAAGCUUUUCAAGCAUUUUUGGAUUUUUACAAAAUUUAAACUGUUUUAUGUCAAAAAGUGGCAUAAAAAUGCCAAAACGGCAUUUUAGCCAAAAUCGCUUUACCAUGUGUCUUAGAACGGUCCUAUUCAUCGAUUUAUCAAAUAAAAACAGGGGGUAAAUUUCUAGGGCACACGGCCGUUUCAGGAUGCUUCAUGGUCUCAGAAAUCGUCUUUUAAAACAAAUGCCAAGUUUGCCAAAUUGGCGGGAAACCAAAAUAAAUUAAAUUUAAAACUUAAAAGAGCAAGCUAAAAUUUUUUAUGGGUUCCAUUGGUGGUACAAGGAAUUCAUAUAAAAAUUUUGAGCUGAUUUUGAGCGGGGCUGGUAGGGUGAGUUUGAGUGGAAGCAUUCCUUAUGAGUUUGAGUGGAGAAGGUUGGGUACUUUCCUUUUAGGUAAUAAACAAUAAAACAAAAAUUUUUUUUUGAUAGUUUUGUUCGAACAACCUUAAUAAUAUAAAGCCUAAUAUCAAACCCAACAAGAAUACUAUUAUAUUAUAAAACUAACAAUUUCAGGCUGCGCAAGUGAGUGCAACUUUGUAGCUCUAUUGGCUGCGAGGUUCGAACUUAUGAAAGAGCUACGACAACGCUUCCCUUUCGUGGAAGAAGGCCUAUUGAUGAGCAAACUAAUAGCGUAUUGUUCGAAAGAAGCCCACAGUAGUGUUGAGAAGGCCGCAAUGAUUGGCAUGGUAAAGCUAAGAAUCUUGGAAACCGAUUCCAAGUAUCGACUGAGAGGUGAUACUCUUCAAGCUGCUAUUACGGUUAGUUUUUACUUGUUGUUUUCGUAGAGAGAAAGUUUUAGUAAAGGAACUUUUUGCCAUUUUUUGUUUUGGAAGGAAAGUUUUUGCCAUUUUUUGUUUUGUAAAGAAAGUUUUUGCCAUUUUUUGUUUUGGAAAGAAAGUUUUUGCCAUUUUUUGUUUUGGAAAGAAAGUUCUUGCCAUUUUUUGUUUUGUGAAGAAAGUUCUUGCUGUUUUUUUGUUUUGUAAAGAAAGUUCUUGCCAUUUGCGUCAAAAUAAGCUAUUAUCUCGCUUUGCAGGCUGCGGGUGACAAGUUAUACGAUAAAAAGUAUUUUUCGUUUUGUACAAAAACUUCUUGCUAUUUUUUGCUUUGUAAAGAAAGUUCUUGCUAUUUCUUGUUUUGUAAAGAAAGUUUUUGCCAUUAUUUGUUUUGUAAAGAAAGUUCUUGCUCUCUUUUGUCUUGUAAAGAAAGUUCUUGCCAUUUUUUGUUUUUUAAAGAAAGUUCUUGCCAUUUCUUAUUCUGUAAAGUAAGUUCUCGUCAUUUUUGAUUUGUAAAGAAAAUUCUUGUAAUUCUUUGUCCUGCAAAAAAAGUUCUUGCCAUUUUAAGCCCUGUAAAGACAGUUGCUUUUGUAGACUAGAAACUUUAUCUUUAUUUGACAUUUUUAACCACAUCUCCCAUUCAGGAAGACCGCAAUCUCGGUAUGAUACCCUUCUUCGUAUCUACAACUCUAGGAACAACCUCAGUCUGCUCUUUCGACGUACUAACAGAAAUUGGUCCAGUAUGUUCAGAAAACGAUCUAUGGCUUCAUGUAGACGCCGCAUACGCUGGCUCAGCUAUGAUUUGCCCAGAGUUUAGGCAUUUGAUGAAUGGUAUUGAGUAUGCAAUGUCAUUCAAUACGAAUCCAAAUAAGUGGAUGCUGGUUAACUUUGACUGCUCAACCAUGUGGGUGAAGGAUCGAUUCAAAAUGACACAAGCAUUUGUUGUUGACCCUCUGUACCUUCAACAUUCAUGGACUGACAAAGCGAUCGAUUACAGACAUUGGGGAGUGCCUUUGAGUAGAAGGUUUAGGUCGCUUAAGGUAAGUGUUGUUUUUUUAUUUUGUAAAGAGAGUUCUUGCUAUUUGCAACAAAAAAGCUAUUUUUGGAUUUUGCAUGCUGCGGGUUACAAGUUAUACGAUAAAAAGUAUUUUUUGUUCUGUAAGGAAAGUUCUUGCCAUUUGUGGUUCUGUAAAGAAAGUCUUUGCCAUUUUAUAGUUUGUAAAGAAAGUUCUUGCCAUUUUAUGUCUUGUAAAGAAAGUACUUGCCAUUUUCUUAUUAUUUCAGCUCUGGUUCGUAAUCCGUAUGUACGGUGUGGAAGGUCUUCAAAAGUACAUUCGAAACCACGUCCGCUUGGCCAAAAAGUUUGAAGCCCUCUUGCGCGCCGAUGACAUGUUUGAGAUCAUCGGGGACGUGCAUGUGGCGUUGGUGUGCUUCCGCCUCAAAGGCAGCGACGAACUCAACCAAAAGCUGUUGACCAAAUUGAAUUCGAGUGGGCGGAUUCAUAUGGUGCCGGCGUCACUCAAUGACAGAUUCGUGAUUAGAUUCUGCGUAUGUCAUGAGCACGCCAAUGAGCACGAUAUCGUCACGGCGUACGAAAUUAUCAAGCACGUGGCCGUGGGGUUGCAGUGUAAGUAGCCCUACCUCUAUCCCAGCCCCAUCUUAGUUCAGAGCCCUAGCCCAGAGCCCUAGCCCAGAGCCCUAGCCCAGAGCCCUAGCCCAGAGCCCUAGCCCAGAGCCCUAGCCCAGAGCCCUAGCCCAGAGCCCUAGCCCAGAGCCCUAGCCCAGAGCCCUAGCCCAGAGCCCUAGCCCAGAGCCCUAGCCCAGAGCCCUAGCCCAGAGCCCUAGCCCAGAGCCCUAGCCCAGAGCCCUAGCCCAGAGCCCUAGCCCAGAACUCUAGCCCAAAGCCCUAGCCCAGAGCCCUAGCUUAGAGCCCUAGCCUAGAGCUCUAGCUUACAACCCUAUUUCAGGGCCCUAAAACAGAGUCUUUUAGCGUAAAGUCUUCUAGUCCAAAGCCGUAGUCUAAAGCCCUAGCUCAGAACCCUACACCUAGCCCUAACUCUAGCUUUAGCCCUGAGCCUUACAAGGAAAGGUCCCCACCGCGCAUUGGACUGGUGAAAAACUGGUACAUACAAGUUGUAGAGCAUGGUCAAAUUAGUCAAAAACCGAAAAAAAAUUUACCCCUCGUGGGGGUUUUUUAAAAAAUUUUAUUACGUCGAAGUUUAAAAACCUUAAUUGCGCUCGCGUUAGACUCGGAAAAGAAGAGGAGACAGUUCCGUGAUGCAAUAGCGCAGUGGUUGCGCUCUCGACUAACGCUCAAAGCCUGUUGGUUCGUGUCGCGUCGGGGGCACACUCUUUUGUGCUUGGAUUAAAAUUUUUAAAAUAAAAAAAUUAUUUUUUGGUCUAAUUUUGUUUUUUUUUACAAUUUGUUCGUUCUAUUAUUCUUUAAAUAGUUAUUUUAUUUUAUUUUUGUUCGUAAUAAUGGAGAAGUUUUGUUCUGAAGUGAUCAACGUGCCUUACGAGCUGGUGGAUAAGUAUGUGGUUUUAGGAAUCGAAUAAUGGCCGGAAGAAAACGUAUAAACAGAUGGAAACAAAAUUUGAACGACGAAUCGAUUGUUAAAGGAAUAUCCGGUCGAUUGUAUCGUUAUGUUGAGCUGCGAAAUCAAGAGAAUCUGGAUACUUAUAAGAGUUUACUUGCUGAUAAAAUGACCUUUGAGAAGUUCAGAGCUAUUUGAUUGUGCUUUUAGGUAAUUAUGCUAAAUAAAUAGAAUUGUAAGUAUAAUAAUAAAAUUUAAAUUAUAUUAAAAACAAGCUUAAUAAACAGAGAAAUUGAUUCUUUGAAGUAAACAAAACAAAAUUUGACCAAAAAAAUAAUUUUUUAUUUUUAAAAAUUUUAAUCCAGGCACAAAAGGGUGUGCCCUCGGCGCGACCCGAACCGACGUGCUUUGAGCGUUAGCCGAGAGCGCAACCACUGCGCUAUUGCAGCACGGCACACUCCUCUUCUUUUCCGAGUCUAGCGCGAGCGCAAUUAAUAUUUUAAACUUCAACGUAAUAAAAUUUUUUAAAAAACCCCCACGAGGGGUAAAUUUUUUUUCGGUUUUUGACUAAUUUGACCAUGCUCUACAACUUGUAUGUACCAGUUUUUCACCAGUCCAAUGCGCGGUGGGGACCUUUCCUUGUUAGUUCAGAGCUUUAGCCCAGAGGCCUUAGCCCAUAGCCCUAGCUCGAGUCCUAGCCUAGCCCAGUCUAUCUCAGAUUAUAUGAGAUCCUUAUCACAGGGCGCUUAGCCAAUAGGCCUUAGCCAAGACCCCUAGCCCCGAGCCGUAGCUCUAACCUAGAAGCCCUAUCCCGAAAGCCUAGCUUAUAGUUUUAAUCCAGGGCCUUAGCAUUAGUCAGAGCCGUAGCCUUAGUCUUAGCCCUAGCCCUAACCCAACCCCUGUUUAGCGUUAGCUCAGGACCUUAGCUUCAGUUUUAGUCCUGCCCCAGAUCUACUUCUAUUAUAGUUAGCCGUAGAAUUUUUCUUAGUCUCACGUCAGCAAAAGGGCAUCCCCUAGCCUUACUUGUAGCCUCAGUUUUAAAACUUUUCUUAACCAUAGUAAAAGUAGAAAUCCUAGUAAUAUCUAAACACACUGCACUGAUACACAACUAUAAUAUAACAACUCAAUUUUUAGUUGACACAACCCCCGAGCCGAUAGCCGAAAACUAUGAAUUGGAAAAGCUGGAGGAAGAAGACUUCCUAAACCAACAAAAGGGUCAAUCCUUCGAUGAAGAAGGCAGUCUAGGCUCAAAUCCUGUUGGACCUUACAGUAAUGAAUCACUGCCUUCUACCGGUCCAUCAACAGCCGGUUUGGACCGCCAAACUCCACCGAACUAUCCUGUUGGACCUAGUAGGGCGUUGGUGUUGUUGGUCGUGGCUUAGCUGUUGUUGUUGUAUAGGAUGUGUUUGGUAGUUGUCGUGUUGGUUAUGGUUAACAUUGUAUGGCCUUUUAUUACUGGUAUUGUAAAACCAUACCUAAGCCAUUUAUCUUAACUUAGUACCUUAACUCACCCAUUUAGAUCCUCAAAGCUGUACCAUAGCAACAGCCGCCGCCAACCAAGGCAUUUCGAACCGCGGCCGUUUCAGUCAGACUUUGGCUGAAAAACGGUCGUUCUUGGUUCGUAUGGUCAGUGAUCCAAAAUGCUACAAUCCAAAGAUUGUGAGACAUUUGAACAUGCGCAAUCACAAACAAAUGUCUCAAGACAUGUUCAGAGACCGCGCCAUUCGACAGUCGAUGGAACAAAGCUCCAGUAGCACCAAGAGCGCCAAGUUUCCACAGAAAUGUAAGAGAACUUGAUUUUAAAGGUUUAUUAGCUGUAGCCUUUAGCUGUAGCCAGGACAGCAAAGAUUGGGUAUUAAAAAUGUAAAGGAGCUAAACUAAGAUUUGGUCCAGUUUGAACCUUUUACAAUUUAAUUUGACUUGGCCCGACCCGCCCGCAUUUUUAUAUAUUAUAAAUUAGUCAAAUGGUAUCGUACAAAUCUUUCGUUGCUGGACCUAAGGUUUGCCUUUGUAGGCAAUUUAACUCCCGGGCCAAGUCGCGUUGCGACAGGGUCCGAGUUGGGCGAAAAAACAAAAGACGCGGGCCGAGCCUAACCAAAAAAUUAGCCCGAUUCGGCUUGAAAACCAUUGUCUACCUCUGGGGCGUGAUUUUACUUGACCGUUGGACCCAGAUGUGCUUGUUCAGCCUGAUUUUUUUUAAAAGUUUUAGAGUUGUGGUCCGGUCAAGCUGAGUUGAGGCUAGGCAGGGCCUAGCGGACAACCUUGCAAUUAUAAAAGCGCAUUUGUUUCUUAAAAAUAUUGUUUUCAGUCAGUCAAUACAGUAUUGACAACCCAUCGGAUGAGGACGAAUACGUAACAACCGUAGCCUCAAAUCCUACUGGACUUCAAACACCGAUGUGA